UCACACAGAGAUUCGUCCGCCAGAGGUGCAGCAGCCCGCACACCACUACACUGUCUAUGUAUGUGCCGGCACAGUGCAGACAGAGGUUGUAAACAUGGCGGCGGACGGUAUGGUGCUCACUAACCACGACCAUCAGACCCGAGUGGGUAUUCUGACGGUCAGUGACAGCUGUUUCAGGAACUUAGCUGAGGACAGGAGUGGAGUCAACCUGAAGGACCUGGUCCAUGAUCCCUCACUGCUAGGAGGAGUCAUAGCAGCCUACAAGAUUGUUCCAGAUGAGAUUGAUGAAAUCAAGGAAACUCUUUUGGAGUGGUGUGAUGAACUAGAGCUGAAUCUCAUUCUCACUACUGGAGGAACUGGCUUUGCGCCACGAGAUGUUACACCUGAGGCCACCAGAGAGGUGAUAGAGCGAGAGGCUCCGGGUAUGGCCCUGGCCAUGCUGAUGGGGUCACUCAACGUUACACCUUUAGGCAUGCUGUCCAGGCCAGUGUGUGGUAUUCGUGGUAAAACUCUGAUCAUCAACCUGCCAGGGAGCAAGAAGGGCUCUCAGGAGUGUUUUCAAUUCAUCCUGCCCGCUCUGCCCCACGCCAUCGACCUGCUGCGUGAAGCCACAGUCAGGGUUAAAUCCACGCACGCCGCCCUAGAGCAGCUGCCCUCCCCCUCACCUCUGCUGGCCAACACGCACUCCAACACACACACCAACACGCACACAAUGGAGCGUGGAACCCAGUGUGAGGAAGAGGAGGACGAGGAGGAGGACCGGAGGAGAGUUCAACAUGUGCACAACCACCACCAUCACCAGCAUGGCUCCUCCCACAUCACCGCAGCCGCUAUCGCUGCCAAGACGAGCCAUGCUGUGGUCAUGGCUAAGGGGGCUCCCUACCUGCCCGGCAACACACCCGCCCCUCCCACUCAUUUAACUUGCUCCUGUACCCAUGACCAGCAGAUCCCGGACUCUAUCAUUUCUCGAGGCGUUCAGGUGCUUCCUCGAGAUUCAGCCUCUUUAAGCUCCACCCCUUCCGAGUCACCACGGGCAACACAGGCGACCUCCCGCCUUUCCACCGCCUCAUGCCCGACACCCAAGGUUCAGUCACGAUGUGGCAGUAAUGAGAACAUUCUGAGAGCCAGCCACAGUGCGGUGGACAUCAGUAAAGUGGCACGUCGUCAUCGCAUGUCUCCGUUCCCAUUGACAUCAAUGGAUAAAGCCUUCAUCACUGUUCUAGAGAUGACACCUAUUCUGGGAAUCGAAGUCAUCAACUAUAGAGAUGGUUUGGGUCGAGUGCUCGCUCAGGACAUCUACGCCAAAGACAACCUUCCUCCGUUCCCUGCCUCUGUUAAAGAUGGCUACGCUGUACGAGCUGCUGAUGGUCCAGGAGAUCGCUUCAUCAUGGGAGAAUCACAGGCUGGACAACAGCCCACCCAUACAGUGAUGCCAGGCCAGGUGAUGAGAGUGACGACCGGGGCUCCGAUUCCUUGUGGAGCCGAUGCUGUGGUCCAAGUAGAAGAUACAGAGCUUCUGAGGGAGUCUGAGGAUGGCACAGAGGAGCUGGAGGUGAGGAUUAUGGUCCAGGCCCGGCCUGGACAGGACAUCAGGCCAAUAGGUCAUGACAUCAGGCGAGGAGAGUGUGUGUUGGCUAAAGGAACACACAUGGGCCCGUCAGAGAUUGGCUUGCUUGCUACAGUGGGAGUGACCGAGGUCAGCGUGCACAAGUUCCCUGUGGUUGCUGUCAUGUCCACUGGAAAUGAGCUGUUAAAUCCAGAGGAUGACCUCCACCCAGGGAAAAUCAGAGACUCCAACCGCUCCACUCUGCUGUCCACCAUCCAGGAACAUGGAUAUCCCACCAUCAACCUGGGCAUCGUUGGAGACAACCCUGAUGACCUGCUGUCAGCUCUCCAUGAGGGAAUCAGUCGUGCAGAUGUCAUCAUCACCUCAGGGGGUGUGUCCAUGGGAGAGAAGGACUACCUAAAGCAGGUGCUGGAUAUUGACCUUCAUGCUCAGAUCCACUUUGGAAGAGUCUUUAUGAAGCCAGGUCUUCCUACUACCUUUGCCACAGUUGACAUUGAUGGAGCACGGAAACUCAUCUUUGCUCUGCCAGGAAACUUCAACUUCAGAGAGACUGGGCCCUCCCUGCUGGAGGUCGUAGCCCCGAGUGAGACCGAGGCCAGACAACCACUAACCCCUGCACCUAGAGGAAGUAACCCGGUGUCUGCAGUGGUGACAUGUAACCUGUUUGUGAUUCCUGCUCUGAGGAAGAUGCAAGGCAUUCUGGACCCCAGACCUACAAUUAUUAAAGCUAGGCUUUCCUGUGAUGUGAAGCUGGAUCCCAGACCAGAGUACCACCGCUGUAUUCUCACCUGGCAUCACCAAGAGCCACUGCCCUGGGCACAAAGCACAGGCAACCAGGUAUCCAGCAGGCUAAUGUCAAUGCGUAGCGCCAACGGUCUGCUGAUGUUACCUCCUAAAACAGAGCAGUAUGUGGAACUACAUAAGGGAGAGGUUGUGGACGUCAUGGUCAUUGGACGGCUAUGAUGCAGACUUCAAUGUCACUCGCUACCGAUUACCAUGGCAGUGCCAGGACUUCCUGUCUGGACAGGAAACGGGCGGGGGCAGGAAGUGAUGCAUGUCUACCUGGUCACCAUUAGCUGUGAUGUCAUAUGCAACAGCCAAUCGGAGCCAGCGGAGGCUGAAUCCUCAUUGGUCUGCUCUGAGGAGAUCACUGUAUUUCAAUGGAGAAAAAAUGUGAAAAAAAAAAUAAAAUAAAAUGAGAUUUAUUCUGUAAUAUUAUUAUUAUUAUUAUUACUAUUAUUAUUAUUAUUAUCCUGAUGAUAAAGAUUGGUAUUCUUAAUUAAUAUUCUAUUAUUAUUAUUAUUAUUAUCAUGGUUAUUAUUGAAUAUUAUCAUCUUAGUAGUAAUCAUGCCCUCUUCUCUCCUGUUCAUUUGCUUUGUGCGUUCAACAUUUUUCCCUGGUAGAUAUAGAGACUUUCCCCUACUUCCUUCUCUCCCCCUUCUUUUCUUUUCCGCUCUGGCAUCCUCUAUCCAGAUAUAGAAACCCCUCCCUGCAGGAACACACUGACCCAAACAUCAGUAUUGACAGAAAUAUGAACUACAGGCUUAAAAAGACAUCUUUUGGUUGGAGCUGCUGUUAUAGUUUGUGCCAGUACAGUAAAUGACUUUUUGCCAAAAAAGGAAAAAAUACAAGGAUAUUUGUUUUCUAUUUUUUUUCUCCAGAUAUAACACUUUCAAACCAUACUGAGACACUAAAACUCAUCAUGACUCUCAAUGAAAGCCAUGAAACACUUUCAGGUGGGUGAGUGGCUCAGCUUUAAGGCAGUGCGAGGCAGGAAAAUCCUCUCUGGCGACACCAGAAUGAUUUCUCUGGUCCAACAUCAAAUACAAAUAUAAUUGUUAUAAUAAAAUCCAUAAUGACUUCUGUGAUCGGUAGUCAGGGAGGAACUUCAUAUCAGAUAGUAUAGCCCUAAUCCUGCAUUGAAGUGGUGUAAGAUUUACCUUACACAAGUUUAUAGUUUACACCAUAAAACUACAGUACGAAAUUGAAAUACUUAGACAGUCUUUGAUAAAUGUGGUAUUUACAUUUUUACCACUAUUACAGGAAAAUGCUUGUGAUAUUAAAUUAUUUUCUUAUUAUCAACAAAUCCCAAAAAUGACCAAAACCAACAAUUUUCAUUUUUACAAUUCAGUUGUUGAACACAUUAAACAAAAAAGAUAUAACAUGUAAAUUAGUGCGCUUUAGAAUUAACUAGUGUGUUUGGUCAUGGUAAUGAAGGAACAUGUCACCCAGUGCAAUUGUGUGGCUCAUUGGUGUUUUCAAUAACAACAAUGGAGAUCUAUGGCACAGAGGAAGAAGAUGUAUCAGGCUUUGAAUACACACACAACACUUGUUAGUAGGAUCUUUUCAUUGUUGGUUUUGGGCCUUUCAUGGGAUUUGUUGAUGGUAAGAAAAAUUUAGAAUAUUAUCAGCCUUCUCCUUUAAGUAGCCAAAGAUGAAUGACUACCUAGUUGACAGCUAGUCUCAAUGGCUGGCUUCUGUUUGGCCAAUCAGGCGCCUCCCAUCUUUUUUCAAACCAACAAACAAGAAUGAAAGAGCUGCUUGAGUGAGUUGUAACAUACUGUUUUCCCAACUCAGAGAAAACGCUGACCCGACAUCACUUGAAAGCAGGGUGUCACGUUCAGGUGCUCGUACACUACACAACUGUUGUAUUUCUACCAUGACAGUGUUAAGGUGCUUGUUAAAGUCAAAAGAACCAACACAGUUAAAGGCUCUAAAACAAACUACAUCAUUUGACUGCUUUUCUCUCAAUGUACUGUACGUAGUCCAAGCAACACUGACAAAUAUAGAAAACUUUGUUUGAUAUUUAGCCCACUAUAAAAGCUUAGCAUUAACAAGUUAGUAGGCCAGUUGGCUGCUGUAUCCCACUGAUAAAGCACUGAACUUAAAUUGUUUACCAAUUAACAAGGACCAUUCAAAUGCAUCAUAUGCAAUCUGAGAGUCCCAAGCAUUCACCAAUGCACCAUACCUUAACUCCUCUAGUUCCUCUGAUUCUUCCUAUCAGUGCCAAACAAACCCACAUGGUCAAAGGUCUAAUGCUGCAUUCAGGUUAUACUGGAAUAACUGGUACAAAGCUCUUUUACUUAUUUGAAUUUAAUAAUUGAUGUUUUUUCAAGAUGUCGGUUAAUCUUCACGCUUCAGAUAUGAAGUGUUAACUUCCGGAUCAGAAGCUCAUGUGUUCUACCUUUCCUUUAUGACCUGAAUGCAGCACUAGUCAGAAUUUCUGAGCUUUGACCCCUCUCUUGAUAGGCUGAUGCAGUCUUCCUUCACCACUCCCCUCGUUCCGCCCUCUCCACCAACUUUUUUCCUCCCCUCCUUCUCCACACUAGCAUCCCCAUAAAGGGGGCAUGUCUUUCUCUUUGGGCAGGUUCCAUUCCAUGCGUGAGACCAGGGUGCAGCACCUGGGCGGGACUUCUGAUCUGACUAAAUUACAUUUAUGGCAGUUCUUGAUGCAAUUAUUGGUGCAUAAGAAGAGCUUCAAAGUCCAGGCUCUGGAACCAACACUGUCUUCUCAUUUAUUUCUCUAGCUCAGAUGUCAGAAACUUCUCAGUUACCUCAAAUGCACCAUAUAUAUCUGUCAGUGGCUCAUGCUGGGUUCAUGUUAUAUAAGACAAAGUGGAAGAACAAAUGACAUUUUUUGCAGCAGUUUAAGGGUGGUCAUUCAUUCAGUGGAAGGCCUGCAUCCAAAUUAAAUUUAAAAAGUAUUAAAUUAAAAGACUUAUCACAUUUAUCUUUUAGGCAGCUUAUAUUUACAAUAAACUCGUUAUGACAUGUGCGCAGCAUCAGAGCAUGUCCUGGCACCUGCCCAAAGAGGACCAAUCAAACCCAGAUAGAUUCAUUUGAAUAAGAAGAAGCAGGUUAUUGUUAAACUGCCUUUGUACUGAGUGAUACGUGAACACUGGACUGAACUCAGUGUCACACUGCACACACUAUAAACUAUGACCAGCACUUGUAAUGAAGCAAUGAAACAGCAUUCUACUACUACUGUACAAAUAUAAUGAAGAGGAUGUUUUUUUCUGUAAUGAUAUUAUUGAAACUGAAGAUGAGUUAAUAAAAAUAAUCCUGAUUAUUCUGUA